CACAUUUAAAAACAAAAAAGCUUAAUUGAUAAAACUUUUAAAAUUACAAAAUGAACGAAUGGUUCAUUCGAUUACAAAAGGCCAAAAAAACAUGUAUAAAACAAAGAGAUCUCAAGAAAGUUCAUUAUGAAUUAGAUAAAGGACAAGUAAUGGUAGAGGAAUAUAAUAUACAAACGGGUGUUCUAACUAGACGAGCGUGGAAAAGAUUAGGUAAAUUGGCUAAUGAAGAAGCAUGGGAUAUAGAAAUAGGAGAUCCUGAUCCAACUUUUCUUAAUAAAGAAGAAUACAGUAUUAAAGAAAGUUCAGGACAACCUUGUAUAACUAGAAGAAACACAAAAAAGAUCUUAGAAUGGAGAAUUCGAAAUUUACCUUAUCCUAUAGAAGUAUACUCAAUUACAGUUGAUCCAGAUGAGCAGUGCCUAGUUGUAAGAACAUCUAAUAAAAAAUACUUUAAGAAGCUUCCUAUACCAGACCUAGCAAGAUUAGGUAUUAGGUUAGAUCAGUCAAAUGUGUCGUUUACACAUAAAUUCAAUACUCUAAUUAUUGUAUAUGAAAAGCCAAGGAGUUACUUGAAUUUGAAAAAUCUCUAUAUGAAGAAAUUAAGAAAAUUGAACCAAAAGAUGAAGGAGAUAUGCCAGAUUGCCGACCUAGCUGAAUGAAAUAUAAAUAUUUGUGAUUUUAAUGUGUAAUAUUUAUUUAAUUCACAUUUCUAGAAUAAAUACAUUAUCG